AUGCGCGAGUUGUGCAGCCACACCCAGCUACUCUGAAUCCACCAACCAGCUGCUCGAAGAGCCAGAAACACCAACGAGGUGUAUUUCCUGUGUUUGGUGAAAGAAGAAUGGGGCAGGACAGCACAGCUAGCGACUUGUGUACUUUUGUUCCUGGGAGUUUCAUGCCGAGGCUGAGGGGAGGGAAGAGAAGCCAAAGUAGUGGACAAGACCUUACAGAAAUUUUGUUUGAUUUAUGAGAGAGCAGAUCAGUGAGAGCGACUUAUUGAGGACAACAAGGCACAGGGGUGUUGAAGGAGGAGGGGAGAAGAUAAGUGUCAAUCUGUUGAGACUUGUUUGGGAAUUUGAAGAAGGAAAGAGGUGGGGAGAGACAAGAGGAGGCAGCGAGAAAGUGGAGGAGAGUUCAGGCGUAAACAUUAGGCUUUUAGACCAGUGUUGGAUAGGUAGUUUCAUUUUGUAACACAUUUGAGAUUUAUUAAGUCAUCCAGGACAAUGUGAAAGUAGAGAAUGCAUAUUUUUGUGUUGUGCAAUCCCCAUGCUUGAUAGCUGAGCAGGACCGGGGGGAGACCAGCUCUCCCCAGAACUUCACAUUCAGGUUCUCCAAAUUAUGGUACUAUGGGGACCAAAAGGCCAACCUGCACCGUGUUGGAAUCUUUCUCAAAUACGAAAACACGUGACUGCAACCUUAAGCCAGGCGGACGACUCUCCAGGGAUCCCAGCCCAAUGCUGGCCAUGACUGCCCAGUCAGAGCGGGAAAGCACCCGAGAGGAAGAGAGACGGCAGGAUUGGGAAAGAGAAAAAAUGAAAGACAAGUCCAGGUUCAGAGAUACAGACCCCCGUGGGCGAUACCAUGAGCGAGAUCGAGGCCCCGCUCCCAGGAUGAGGGAGGCUGGCCGAGAUAAGAGGCAAGACAAUGAGAGGAGAAAUGGAAGGCCGCUGUCGACUGUUGAGAGGGAGUUUGGGAAGGAGAUGGAAUGGGACUUGAAGAAGGGAGACACAUUUCCUAGGAUGAGGAGAAGCCGUGAACGGGACGAAGAACGCGAACAGAGGCGGCCAAGAGACAAGCCGAGAAGGACUGAGACUGAUGCGUGGGACCGAGAGAGAGAAUAUGCCCGGCUGAGAGAGCGGGAAAGAGAUGAAAAGAGAAACUAUGAAAAAUCCAGACAAAGACAUCAGGAGUCCAACCCUGCUCUCCGAGACCUUGGAAGAGACCUGCAACCGGGGGGAUCACGAGAAAGGAGAGAAAGGGACGUCGCGAGGAGGAGAGAAAUCGGAAGUAGAGAGGCAAGGAUGCCCUCACCGCACAGUCGAAGAGACAGAGGCUUGCAUCCAGACAGUCAGGAUUGGGAGAGGACCCACAGGAAAGCUGGAGCGAGGGGCACGAGGAGCGAGGGAGACAGUGACGACAGAGAAACAAGGCAGCAAAGGGCAAGGGAAAGAGAGCGGGAUGAGUUGACAUAUCAACACAGCAGAAGUGAGGGGGACAGCAAGAGCGGCAGAGCAAGAGACCCAGACAGGGACCGACACAGACGCAGAGGCACAGACCAAGUGGGGAGGGAGGAGGAGCGGUACCGAGGGCGAUACAAGGAGGUCGAUGAGAGAGCGGCAUGGGAGGGGGGAGGACAGUCCAGUGAACGGAGAGAGAAGGAGUACUACAGAGCGCAUGGGCUGAGGAAGGAAAGGCAAAGACAGGAAAGAGAGGCUGACCCUAGGUGGGAUGACACAACUCUCAAGGAGGCGGCUCCGAGGGCGCCACCGAAAGCUCAGAGUAGCGGUGAGUGGAGCAGCGACAUGGACAAUGACACGCGACGCAGGCAAGGCAGAAACGGCUAUGAAGAGGGUCAGUCGGGCAGGGAAAGUGAGCGGGAUGACAGAAAGAGUCCUCAGAGAGUAAAGAGAGCGGAGCAAAGAAGAAGUGAGCUAGACAGAAGAGAGAUGGCAGCCACUUUGCCGGAGCAGAGACGGAUGUGGUUAGAACCGCAGAGGGGUAGGAAUAGCAAAGAGUCGUCUCAGGAGGACAACUUUGUAGACAGAGAGAGGCCCGCGAAGUGGAAAGAGGGGAAGGGAGGUGAAGAGGAGAGAGAAUCACAAAGAGAGCAUGCUGAAAGUUGGAGACACAAGUACAGUGAGCAGCGGGAAGGGAUAAAUGUAGACAGAGAAGAAGAGGACACGGAGGAGUUAGACCGCUUCUCUGGAAGCGAUGGGGAGAUUGGGGAAAACUGGCAGAGGGAUGUCAAAGGAGAGAGUAAUAGCGAAGAGAGCGAAGGGGGAAGUGAGACUGGGUGGAGGCCAGACAGAGACCGAAUGCUCUCGGGAGAAGACGGAUUUGUGACCGUGUCAAGCGGCGGUGACGACGAGGACGAGCGAGAGGAGUUUCUGGAUUGUCAGGACUAUUGGGAAGGUGGGGAUACAGAUGACACCUCCUCUUCUCCUUUCCACGAGCGACCAGAGAGGGAGGAAUAUGCUAAUGAAGAGGAACUAACAGAGAGGGAAAAAAAGCCCAAAUACGUCUUUUGCGUUAUCGGGCAAACGUUACCACAACCGGAGUCUGACAGGAUGUCACCGUCACUUGCUGAGCAGGAGGAGGACGAGCAAAAAUUAAACCUCCUUUCAGAAAGUCUUCAUCAUAGCAGUAAUGAUGUCAGCCGGCAACCUUCAGAUGACCUGCGUCUGUCACCGGGAAGGACUGACGAGCACCUGAUGAACAGCCACCUAGAGCCUGACAGCAACAGGUGCAGAAAAGACGGCCAACAAUCAUCUUCUUCACAGGAUGAUCCGAAAAUGAGAGCAAGGAAAGCGGAGCACCCGUACGCUGAAAUUGGGCCCUUUAAAAGGGACUCUGAAACUGAAAAACUCCUCAUGAUGUGGAGGGAGAGGAAUAAAGAAAUUGCCGACAGGGAAGAAAUGUCUCCUCUCCCAAGGAAUCCUUAUGCUGAUGUCUCGCCUCAGAUGACCUUUGAUCAAAUUCUGCCUGCAUUACAAGGGCUUAACGUUGAAGCAAUGAGCCCAGAACAGAAGGAGGCCAUACGGAUCCGAAUGAGCGGUGCUUGGAGCAUGUCUGAGGAGACUAAGCGGCAUUCCCAAGCCCCGCACCUUAAAUGGGCCAAAAACGUGGUACGGGAAAUCCUGGGACACUCUGGGGAAGACAUAACAGAGGACCCCAGCUCAGGAGAACAAGCGCACGCUCAGUCUGAGGAAAGCCAACUGGACGAGCUUGAGCAGGAGUCUGCGGAAAUGUCUUUCCGUAACUUGAGCGAGGACGAACUGCACUCUGAACCGGAGUUGGAGCUCGAAGAGGAAGAGUCGUUGGAGGUGGAGGGACUGAGAGGUACGAGGCAGGGCCGGCAAGACAUGCAUGCUGACCAGCUCUCAGCCAUGCAUGCUGACACAUUCGCAUACACUCAUGCUGACACAUCGUUAGACAUAGAAGGGAAAGAGCAUCAAAACCCGGCUGUGCGUAAAGAGUCUGAACCUCAGCCUGAUCACCAUUUUGAUAAGUUAACUGUAGACGUGAAAAUGACUGAGGAGGUAGACGAUGAGGUAAAGAAUUCUGAAACUGAUAAAGAGGCUAGCAGACAGAGGGAAAUGGAGAUGUAUUUGUGCGUGAGCAACACUUUGUACAAGCCUAGCAGCUGCCCCAUUCUCAAUUGUAAAUCUCAAUCAGAUUUCCUCGUGCCCUCCACAGAGGGCGAUGAUGAUGAGGAUGAGGAGGAACUUGAAUGGGAGGAUGAGGAGACAGUUUUUCCAGAGUGUCAGGGUUUACCAAACGUAGUGUCAGAACCUGAUGAGAGUAGCACAGAUGGAGCAGACCCGGCAGCAAGGAAACUAGGAGGCGCCCCUCUGACGAGUACCAGCAGUUUCCGGGAUAUGGGUCCCGGGGCUCGUAUGAGGAGACGGGGAAUCCGUAAAACCACUGAAAGAAGAAACGAGGCACUUGUAGAGGUGGAAGAGGAGGAAGGUGUUGCGGGGGAUCGCAGAACUCGAAUAUUCACUACAACAGAUGAGGAUGAUCGCAGUAAAAGCUGGGGAGAGGUGGAGCUAAGAAACGUUUUGGACACAAUUGGAAGACGAAAAAGGAACUCCAAGUUUUUCAAUCGCGCCCAACUCUACCAGCAGUACAGCGAGGCAGCCCAGAACUUUGAAAUCCUGCGGCAAUCUCGAUCCGACGUCCUCUCGGUUUGCGAGGACAGUUCGGCGUCUCCUGCUCCGUCGCCGCCACCGGCCCGGCGACCUCUCCCACCGCUGCCCGCGGUCCCGCAUCCGCACUCGCUAUCCCACACAGGCUCCAUCACCAGCGUGAGAAGCUUGCCUCUACCGGAGCCCCCGAGGAGCGAGGGCAGGCCCUCGUCCCCGCGCCUCUCCAUCACACUUACGGAGUCAGCCACGCUUUGGCGAGAACUUCCUGGCGUCAGAAGCAGCAGCGAACUGGAGGACAUCACGGAGGAUGAGAGGCGCCUUCAAGAGGUGCGAUUUGAAGUGGUGACCUCUGAAGCGUCAUACUGCCGCAGUCUGGACAUUGUCGUUGAGCAUUUCGUCAAAUCCAAACAGCUGGGGGCGCUAUUAACCACCCAGGAUCGGAAUUGGCUCUUUUCCAGGCUGGCGGAUGUCCGCGCUAUCAGCCACAGUUUCUUGUCAAAGCUUGAGGAACGUCUCGAGUCGGACAUCAUGCACUUCACCGUGUGUGACAUCAUCGCUCGCCACUGCCAACGCUUCAAGAUGGUUUACGUACCCUACCUCACCAACCAGUCCUAUCAGGAUGCCACCUAUCAGAGACUCAUGAACGAGAAUCAAGGCUUCAGGCGCAUUGUGGAGAAGUUGGAGAGGAGUCCUGUAUGUCAAAGACUUCCGCUACGUUCCUUCCUCGUCCUUCCGUUCCAAAGAAUUACACGAAUUAAGCUGCUGGUCCAGAACAUUGUGAAGAGAACAACUGCAGGCACGGCAGAAGCCGCGCAGGCAAUUAAAGCGUUGAGACUCUUGGAGAAGCUAAUCCAAGAGAGUAAUGACAGCAUCUCCCAAAUGAAAAACAUCGAGUCGUUGGUGUCUCUCAGUGCCAAGGUGGACUUUGAGUGCAGGACUCUUCCUCUUAUCAGUCAAUCUCGGAGGUUGGUACGGGAGGGACCAGUCACCGAACUGAUGGAUUUCUCCCUCAAGGACACGGAGAGGAAUAUCUACAUGCACUUAUUCAAUGACUACCUGCUGCUUUCACAACAAAAAGAAGGGGGCAAAUUUACUGUGAUCGACCACGCUCCCGUGGCGGAGCUGCGUGCGGAGAACUGCCGCGUCAAACUUCAUUCCCUGCAGAAGAACCUCUUCAGGCUGCACAUGUCUCACAAAUCGCUGCUGCUAAGGACCGACACACAGAGUGAUAAGCUACGCUGGAUAUCCGCACUUUCCCGCCCUCACCCUGAAGUCGAUUUUUCAUCCGCGCAAGAUUUCCCACAGAUGCAAUGUAUCAGAGCGGUUGUGGCCCAGCAGCCUGAUGAGUUAUCAUUAGAAAAAGCUGAUAUCAUACUGGUGCACCAGCAAAGCAGCGACCAUUGGGUAGAGGGCACCAGACUGUCCGAUCGGCAUCGCGGAUGGGUACCGGAAUCGCAUUUGGAAUUGAUCGGCAACGCCAGGGUCCGGCAGCGCAAUCUUUCGGAUGCUCUCAAACUCACGACAGCAACAGCUGCAGUAUGAGCAGGAACAAAAGCCCAAGACUGAAAUGAAAAGAUUCUCAGGCACCCGCCUGCUUCACAUUUCCCAUCAACAUCUGUCGCUCCAAAGUGGAUUUCUGCCUUUUAAGGACAGUCUGAGACUUUAGACUAACUACAGGAGAUGAGGCCUGGACCCGUGGAUGCCUUGAAAAGCAUUUUCCUCAUCACAAUCAGCUUAUGCACACAUAUUCUCGGAGAGAUGUUUUAAGGAAAAUAAUACAUUUGCAUAUCAACUAGAAAGGGAAAAAUGAGAUAAAAAUGCAUGUAUUAGCUGGAGCCUUGACAGUGUGUAAUGUAAAAAAUGUGCAACUUUGCAAAUGUACAGAACAUUUUAGUGAAUAUGUUUCAAUAAAUUCAGAUUUCAAUCACGUAUAAAAA